AUGGAGUCUGACAGCUAUAAAGUUUGCAAAGUGCUGAUUCCUGGUGUGAUCAAACAGAGAAAUCAUGAAUUAGAUGAUCUCAGGAAAACUGCCACAUCCAUCCUGAAAAGCAUCAGCAACAACCAGCCGGCUCUGCUGUCUACUAACCUGGGAACCUUCAUCAAGUGGUACUCAGAUCAGACAGAUCAAGAAACUUUAGAUUUGAUAGACAAGACAUACAAGGUCAGCAGAGGGCUUAAAAAAGACGAGUUUCGACUUCUUCUGCAGACGUUGUUAGGAGAUAAAACUUCAGCUACAAAAGAAACUCAGUCCGAUCUCAUUCUCAAGAUGGGUGUAAAACAACCUGAGUUUUUCAUUCAAAAAGACAUUGAUGAGAUCAUCGUUAAGUAUGUGAGUGAUGAAGACACCCAGUACAAUGCUUUGGCUGCCUUUUCAAAAAUUAUGGUGAAAAAUCCUGAUUUAUUUGGAGAAAAUAUGAUCACACAUGUUCUGAGAAAUCGGAAAGUGCCUCUGGAGUACUCUGUGGACUUUGUGGGGAUCACCAUAGCUGGACAGAAAAAGGAAAUGGUGAAACCCAUCAUGAAGGAAUUUAUGACCAUGGCCAAAAGGUGUUUUGAUAGCACGGAUCAGGUGACGGUAAUAAACGGGGCCAGAUCAUUAGCUGUUAUGCAUGGAAAGAGUCUACUCGAGCCAUACAAACUCUACUUUGAAGAUCUGAAAAAGAAUGGAUCUGACGUCAUGGUCAGAGACAUGGCAACUCUCUUACUCAAUGCUGUAAAUGGUGUAAAUGUGGAAGCAAUCAAAAAGCAGUUUAAGGAGAAGUUAGAAGUACUUGAUGAUCUGGUAGUUCAAGUGGCAGAAACAAAAGAAGACAUAGCUGAGGUGAAAACAACUGUCAAAAAACAGGGCAAGGAAAUCCAAACUGUGAAAACUAAAGUGAAAACUGUCAAGGAAGAUGUAAAGGAGGUGAAGAAAGAUUUAAAGGAAACACAAAUCAAGGUGGAGGAAGUGGAUCACAAGACGAUGACCAAUGCCCCGAAAUGGUCAAGAGAUUUGACCAAGCUGAUGAAUCCAAAAACAGAACAUGACUGGAGGCUACUGGCCCAGAGGUUAGGGUACACACCACAGGACAUCAAAGGCUGGGCGACCCAGCAUGAUCCCUGUAUGGGUCUCCUUAGUGAGUGGUACGCCACCCACAAGACAAUAGAGGCCACUAGGGCUAUAUUGAACAUUCUACAAGAGAUGAACAGAUUGGACGCUGCUGCCAUUGUAGAGAAUGCCAUGAAAGCUGUUGAGGGCGUUGUGGAGGAGGAAAUAGAUUAUGCCACACCCCCACCAAUCUUCCUUAGUUACCAGUGGGGUCACCAAAACGAGGUCAAGCUUCUAAGGAACCAUCUGAUAAUGGCUGGGUAUGAGUGCUGGAUGGACAUUGGUCAAAUGGGAGGUGGGGACAAACUCUUUGAGAAGAUCGACAAUGGAAUCCGUGGUGCAAAGGUCAUCUUAUGUUGUGUUUCAGAAAAGUAUGCCAAGUCUCCAAACUGUAAUAGAGAGGUCAACAUGUCAGUUAAUCUUGGUAAGCCCAUGAUUCCCCUCCUGAUGGAGAAGAUGGCGUGGCCACCUAUAGGCUCCAUGGGGCCAAUCUUCAGUGAAUACCUGUUUGUAAGGUUCUUCCAGAGAAGAGGAGAAGAGACUGAGGACCAACGCUACUGGCCUGUUCCAAAGUUCCAGGAGCUUCUGAUGCAGCUCAACAUGUAUAAAACCAUGCCGGACAAAUCCAUCAUAUCUGGAGAGUACAAAGACUGGUGGGUCCCCGUCACUGAAGAAAUCGUUAUCACCAAGAAAAAAAAUGGAGGUCAAAGUUCUCAAGUUCAAACAGCUAGAUCCCAGGAAGAUGAGGCACCUCCUGACAUCUUCUUGUCCUAUCAAUGGGGUAAACAAAAACAGGUAAAACAGCUUUACAGGAGACUGAACGAGCUGGGGUACAGCUGCUGGAUGGAUAUUUACCAGAUGGGAGGUGGGGACUCGCUCUAUGAUAAAAUUGACAGGGGGAUUCGAGGUUGCAAAAUAGUUCUGAGCUGUGUAACAACUAAGUAUGCGUUGUCAGCCAACUGUCGCAGGGAGGUGAGUCUGGCCGAUUUUCUCAAAAAGCCAAUGAUUCCCCUUCUCCUGGAGAAGAUAGACUGGCCUCCUGCUGGACCCAUGAGUUUGAUCUUCACACAGCUUCUCUUCAUUAAUUUCUACCGUGAUGAGGUGGUCCAAAUGACCUGGGUUGGAGAUCAAUUUGAUGAGCUUAACAUGAAGAUAAAAGAAUCUGUUUCACCAUUUGCAGUUGAGGAAAAAAACCAGGAACAAGAAAGACCUGAGGCAGCUAUAGUCUUGCCAAAAUCUGAAUCAAAAGAACCACCAAAUACAGGACAACAAAACACUGAUACACACACCCAAAAGUCUCAGAAUAAACAACCACCAAAUACAGUACAACAAAACACUGAUACACAGACCCAAAAGUCUCAGAAUAAACAACCAGGUAAUACAGGACAACAAAACACUGAUACACAGACCCAAAAGUCUCAGAAUAAACAACCAGGUAAUACAGUACAACAAAACACUGAUACACAGACCCAAAAGUCUCAGAAUAAACAACCACCAAAUACAGGACAACAAAACACUGAUAAACAGACCCAAAAGUCUCAGAAUAAACAACCACCAAAUACAGGACAACAAAACACUGAUACACAGACCCAAAAGUCUCAGAAUAAACAACCAGGAAAUACAGUACAACAAAACACUGAUACACAGACCCAAAAGUCUCAGAAUAAACAACCAGGAAAUACAGUACAACAAAACACUGAUACACAGAUCAAACAUUCACUGGUAUCCAACAAGAAUCCAUCCCAAUCUGAGGCACAGGCACCACCACCACCAACACCAAAACAGUCAUCAGUCUGUGUGCUCCUCUAA